AUGCGUCGUCUAGGGCUCCUCGAAGAACUCCGUCAGUACUGCGUCAACGAAACAGGAAUGGAGCUCGUCGACCACCACGGAAAAAGCCUCAUGCAAUUCGGCGUCACAAAAGCCGGUGACAAAGGCGGCACCUUUGAGCUCACCAAUGAAUUCGAAUUCAUGCGCGGGGACUUUGUAAAAAUGAUGUACACAGCCAGUCUCGCAGACCGCGAAUCCCUAACCGCCAAAGGCCACAAAAACGGUAGCCUAACUUACCUGUUCAACACAUCCCUCACUGCCAUAUCCCAAGACACAACCACCCCGGGUCUAACAACUGCCACCUUCUCAACCGGCGAAGCCAAACCCUACAACCUCAUCGUCGCCGCCGACGGCCAAAACUCACGCACCCGCCGCCUUGUCUUCGGGAAAGAAAUCAACAACUCAGCCUACACCUCCCUAAACACCCACGCCGCCUUCUUCCACAUCCCACGCUCAUCCGACGAAACCAGCCUCGCUCGCAUGUACUUUAGCCCAGAAAACCAGCUCACCAUGACGCGUUCGGGCGAUCGUCCAGAAACGCAAGUGUACCUCAUCCAAAUGGCAAACGCGCAGCGCACGCCCGUCCUAAAAGCAGCGCAGAAAUUACCGGUAGCGGAGCAGAAAGAAGUUUGGGCGGAGUUGUAUCGCGAUGCGGGAUGGGAGUGUGAGCGGUUCACUCAGAACCUGGAAAGUGCAGAGGAUUUCUAUGCUACGGAGAUUGUGCAGGUGAAGAUGCCGAGAAGGCAAUUGUAUUCGGGCCGCGUGGUGUUGCUAGGCGAUGCAGGGUACUGUCCCUCCCCUUUUACGGGUAUGGGGACUACGCUGGCGCUGAUUGGGGCGUAUGUGCUUGUGGGUGAGCUGGGUAAGCAUACAGGUGAUGUAGAUGCGGCGCUUAGGGCGUAUGAGGAGGAAAUGAAGGAGCCGGUUGAGGAGAAUCAGGAGUUGGGGGUUUGGGUUAAUGGGGGGAAGGGGGUCUUUCCGCGGUCUGGGUGGGGCAUUUGGGCUGUGAAUACUGUUUUGUGGACUAUGGCUGUGUUGAGGGUGGAUAGGGUACUAGGGAAGCUGGCGGGUUUGGUGCCAGAAGGAAAGGGGAAUGGGUGGAAGUUGCCGGAGUAUUCUGGUAUGAAUAUGGAACCGCUAUAA